ACUCGUUCGCUCGUUGUUAGGCAGGUUGUUAGGGGCAGUGCAUCAGUUGGGAUUAAGCCACUUUGGAUAAUGAUGACACAUUUAUUUACUGAAGAAAAGGAGUGUCGGAACACCUGCGUUUUCUCCCCAAUCCGCCUCCUUCCUCUGGGUGGAAGUAGUCGAGACGCCAGCUUUAAUCUCUGUCUUAAUAUCCGGAGGUUUGUGGUGCUGUUUGCUCCGUAGCUAGCGAGGUUAGCUAAACUGUUGACAGCCACUGAACCAUCACGCGUUUACCUCCAAAUAGAUAUCCAGAUAUCCUGCGUUUUCGAUCGAUUUGAUAUCUCGUUAAUGCAAACAUGGAAGAUAGUCCGGAAAAUCUAAUAGAGGAGGAGGAGUGUGACAGCGACGAGAAACCACGGUACAACACCCCUUUUCGCUCCACUCGGUUACACAUCCAGAGGAGCAAUGUUUGCUCUCGGGCUUACUUCGUGGUGGUCAUGGUCUUCUUCCACGUCUACAUCCUGAAUGUGAUCGCACUUCUGCUCUACGUGCACUACAAUAACGGCCCCGGGGAUCUGGUCAGCGGGGAUGGGGGCUCCUCCUCGGGACCAGCCAGCGACAGUGGAGCCAGUCUGCCUCACCCUGCACCAUCAUCCAGAGAGCUGCAUGAGGAGUACAGUCAGACCUUCAGCCUGCCUCGCUUUGAGGGGAUCAGGGUUGGCCAUGUCCAGCAGGUGUCCCUGGGGUCUGACAGGACACAUGAGAUGAAGACCCUCAGCCUGAAACCUCUACUGUUUGAGAUCCCUGGGUUCCUGUCGGAGGAGGAAUGCCGCGUGGUGGUGCAACUGGCUCAGCUGAAGGGGCUGAUGGACAGCCAGGCAGCAGCGUCCAGCCCGGGACAAGUGGAGUCAAACCAGCCUCUGCUUUCUCUCAGCACUGAAGAGAUCUUCAGCUUAUUGGACUUGAACCAAGAUGGACUGCUUCAGAAGCAGGAGAUUGUGAGCCACUCGCGCUCUCGGGACGGAACCUGGCUGAGCCCGGACAGUUUGCGACAGAUCCUGACUGGCCUGGACACCUGCCCCACAGGGGUGCUGACCUUAGCGGACUUCAGACGAGUUUAUGAUCCUUCUUCGCGCCCCGAAAAGCAGAAAAAAGGCAAAACCCAUCGUCAGUUUAAACAGAGAAGCAAACAUACGUGGCUUUACCAGGGUCCAGGAUCGCACCAUGUGCUUUACACACUCAGGAACAGAGUGGCCAGUCUAACACGCCUGCCGUCUCCACUGGUUGAACUGAGCGAACCGCUGCAGGUCAUUUGCUUUGAGCAUGGAGACUUCAGUAACGCUCACCACGACAGCAGCCCUUCCCACCCGGAAACGACGUGCGCACACACACGACUGGCCGGGAACUUGUCUUCUCUGACAGAGGUCUCCUGCAGGUAUCUCACCAUGUUAUUCUACCUCAGCUCUGUGGAGGAAGGUGGCGAGACCACGUUUCCUGUGGCAGACAAUCGCACCUAUGAAGAGCAGGCAUUGGUCCAGGAUGGGGUUGAUUUGACAGACACUCAGGAAACAUGUGGCAGAGGGAAUCUGCGACUGAAACCGACGGUGGGGACGGCUCUGCUCUGGUACAACCACCUGUCUGAUGGAAGAGGUUGGAUGGGCGAGUUAGACGAGUACUCCCUGCACGGUGACUGUCCAGUCAGGCGUGGGGUGAAGUGGUUGGCCAACAGCUGGAUCAACGUGGAUCCAGACCACCUGCAGCAGGAGCGCUACCAGAGAUUAGUGGCUGAAAGACAUCGAGCUACGUCAGGCAUGGAGGAGCAUUACCGUCCUCUCUCACACAGUGACCUCCACCAGGAUCUAUAGCCGGGACAAAGAAGUUCUCAUUUUAAAACGGCAUCACUGAACCGAGAGAGCUCUGACAGACCUUUCCGCAUUUUUAUAUAUCCGAAUUGAGAUACAACUUGCACAAAAUAGCAUCGCAGAACUUCUCCUUUUAGAAAGUUGUUGCUUAAAUUUUAUCAUAAAUUUUAAUAUAGUAGACUUAUUGGGGCAGGGGCAGUGUUUUGAAAUUAAUUUAUAAUCCAUGAAUUAUAAAUACACAUAAACUCGACAGGGUGAAUGCUAUUCUGUGUUCUACGUUAAGUCACGCCUUAAAAAUAUCCAUUUUAAAAAGUGAGUUGGAGAAAGAUGCUGUUUGGUCCAAUAGAUGAACCUGCUUGUCUGCCUUACAUUUAGGUUUACCAGGCGUCAUAUGCCCCAGUUGCAGGUCAUUGCUCUUUGUAAUUACAGAUUUCAAGCCUUGUGUUACAAGCCAUAUCGCAAUAUCAUAUGUGAACGUGUUCCUGGGAAAAACUGUGAGGUUGUGCAUGUAUGUCCGUCCUGUUCUCCUUUGCUUUAAUUACCAGAUGAAGAGCUGAGAUCAUGACCGGUUAUUUGUAUUUUACGCUCUGCAAAUGCAGGAAUUUUGUAAGCUGGGCAAAAAUUCUUACUCUCGCUUUACAAAGUCAUUCCUUCAGGUGUAAUUUAAACCUAGCUCUUUAGUAUUCCCAAAUGUAUUUAUUUGUCCAAUUAUUUAUUCAAGUGUUAUUUAUUGUUCACCACCAGGUGAUUUAAUUUAAAGCAUAUUUAUAACAGUUUGUCGUUGCACUGAUUUUGAUGUACUGUUUCUUGUAUUUAUUACAUGUCAUGAAAUACAGUAUAAAAUGUUUUAUCAGUGCUGGUGUGGAUGUUU